CCCCGGUUUUUCCCCCAUGAAUUCUUAGCUUGGAAGCUUCGACGAGGCGGACUGUUUGUUCUUCGCAGAAGAGAGAGAGACCAAUCAACCAAUCAUCCCAACCCCCGAAACCUCCCUCCACCAGAAGCUUAACCACCAUUUGCGAUUCCUAAUUCGGGAAAUUCUGAUCUGGUAGAACUGUCCGUCUCCUGGUCGAGUUAAGGGCGGUAGACUCUGUUUGUAACUCCGGAGCACAGAGCGCAAUGCAGAAAAUGGCACAGAGUUGGUUCUCAGGUACCGUUAGCGAAGAGCAACAGCUGCCACAGCAGCAGAAGACAUCGUCGUCUCUCUUGGCUGACUGGAAUUCUUAUGCCUCGUCCAGAAACGCCAACGAUGAAGGCAGCGGAAUGGGUCUCGGGUUCGAUCUUGAAUCCGCCGUCCGGUCCGCCAACGAAACGGUUUCGGGAACCUUCAAUGUGGUUUCUAAGGGAGUCAGAGAAAUGCCUGGUAACUUGCAGUCAGCUACUAGCAACAUACCUUCCGGGAAAGCUCUCAUGUACUUCGGCUUAUUCCUAGCGACUGGCGUGUUCUUUGUUUUUAUUGCUUUUGCCCUGUUCCUUCCGGUGAUUGUACUAGUGCCUCAAAAGUUUGCAAUAUGCUUUACUCUCGGAUGUAUAUUUAUCAUUGGGUCAUUAUUUGCACUCAAAGGCCCACAGAAUCAAUUUGGUCAUAUGAUAUCAAAAGAGAGGCUUCCAUUUUCAUUGGGGUUCCUAGGCAGUAUGGCUGGUACCAUAUACGUCUCCAUGGUGCUUCACAGCUACGUUCUUUCAGUACUCUUCUCUGUGAUACAGGUUAUGGCACUUAUAUACUAUUCAAUAUCCUACUUCCCUGGUGGAUCAACUGGGAUGAAAUUUAUCACGUCUUCACUAACUUCAACAGUGAUGAGAAUUUUCGGGAGGUGACAGUAGCUAUGUCCUCACAGUUUUAACCAGGUUUACCUUUGUAUAUUUUCUCUCUUCUAGUCACUUGGUGAGAUUUCAUUAGGUUGUCCUUUGAGAAACUUGAAAUGAAGAUUGAAAUCCCAGAAUUAUCAAAAGAACAAAGUGGUUUCCAUUAUUCCGUUGGUCUUAUCCAUAUGUUCGUUCGUCUAAAGGCUCUAUUGACUGUUGGAGAGCACAAAUUGGAAUCCAGUUUUUGUUUGGAAUACAUAUUAUACAUAUGUGAUAUGUGUCUGCAUAUAAAUAUGAGCCGAUAUACAUACUGCAUUGGAAGGCUAGGCAAAGUCAUUACGUCCCAUUAGAGGAUGUAUGGUAUGGGAGACAUUUGUUAUGCUAAAGUAAAGUGUGGGCAUAUGUAUAUAUGGUGUUGGUUGGUUUGUUUGUUUUUGUUGGAUCAUUUAGUGGAGAUCAUCCCACCAUCCUUCAUCAAUCCGUGUAUACCCCAUGCAUUGCCAGCCAUAUUGUGAAUGUUGAUCUGUGGGACUGGGGCAGGCCAUUCAGCCAGCAAAGGUUAUGAAUGGGUGGGAUGACGAUGACAAUGAAAGCAAGCAGAAGAGAAUAGUCUCCAGUUAUUUUUGUUGUCGAUGUCCAUCUCUUGUUUGCUGCCAUGACAGUGGCCGACGGGAGGUGGAGGGGGGGAUUGCUUGCCAAUACAAGAGGGAGUUUUGUGUUUAUGAGUUUGGUGCAAUGGCCAGUAAGUCUGUUGGGAAGUUGACUUCAAGUCUGUUUGACUGGAGAAGUUGUACAAUAACUUCUUAGAUUUAAGAAUCAACAUGGAAUGGAAGAAUAUGUGCUUGAUUGGAGAAGUUGGUUAUUGUAUGUUUUAUAGGUUUAUCUGGAAGUCUGUAGAUCGAUGUUUAGAGAUCGAUCAUCUCCUUUAAAUUAGCUGAUACUUUCAACUCGAAGGAGAAAAUCGACAAAAAUGGCCUCAUUCUGAACUUCAUAUCACUAAAAUGUUCAAAGACCUCUUAACUGAAACCAUUUUCACCCAAGACAGAAUAAAUAGCCUUGUGUACAUAUAUAGUCACUAAAUUCCAGAGUUUCCCCUUAUAUCAGUCGCAUACUAUAACAUUAUGAUGAUGUACAAAGCACAAGAAAACAUACUGGGAGGAAGCAAAGCAGGGGAGGCCAACUCACAAAAAGUUUUAAUAGUUUAUUUCAUAUAUGUUUUUUUGACUAUUGACCUUUUAAUCAAGGAUUGUAUAAAUACAUAUAUUUUAAAUUUUGAUGCUUUAGGUAAAGACAGAAAAUGACCCAACAACUAAUAAUACUAAUAGUUUUGUUUCAUUUGGAUUUGUGCAAACAUAUACUUCCACUUCUUCUUUUUUCUGUGAAUAAAUACUUCCACUUCCAUUGUCAUUAUAACUCUUUAUUAUGCGAUAACCCAUUAAUUGUACAAGUCAAAGAAACAACAAUCCUGAAAUUAGGGACAUUUUUGGAUGAAUUAUUGGGGAUGGGACAAUAAAUUGACCUUUUCAAAUAUCUUUAUAUGCAAGAAUCAAUUUGUCCGAUCUCGAAUUAGUUUGAGAAGAUUAAAAAUAACUGAAGUUUUUAAGUCAUUUUCUUACACACUACCUCAAACGUGAAUCAGAUUGUUGGGGUUUGUUUGCACAAAUUCAUUGUAUCUUGUACUUCAACGAAGCAUUAAUGUUGGAGGUUGUAAGGAUCGUACAAGACAUUCUGAUCAUAAAAAGCUCUAAUAUCAUGUCAAAAGCUCUAAUAAACUGAUAUCGAUAAU